AUGACCCUGGGCAGCUGCUGCUGCGAGAUCAUGUCCUCCGAGAGCUCCCCGGCCGCGCUGUCCGAGGCCGACGCAGAUAUAGAUGUGGUGGGAGGCGGCGGCAGCGGUGGGGGGGAGCUCCCUGCCCGUUCCGGACCCCGCGCCCCCCGGGACGUGCUCCCCCACGGCCCCGAGCCUCCCCCAGAGGAAGCCGAGGGGGACGCCGCUGAGGACGAGGAGGAGUCCGGCGGCUGCUCGGACGGCGAGCCCCGCGCUCUAGCGCCCCGAGGGGCGGCGGCCACAGCGGGAAGCCCCGGGCCAGGCGCGGCGGCGGCCCGGGGCGCGGCGGGGCCCGGGCCGGGACCGCCGUCGGGGGGCGCGGCGACUCGCAGCCCGCUGGUGAAGCCGCCCUACUCGUACAUCGCGCUCAUCACCAUGGCCAUCCUGCAGAGUCCCAAGAAGCGCCUGACUCUGAGCGAGAUCUGCGAGUUCAUCAGCGGCCGCUUCCCCUACUACCGGGAGAAAUUCCCCGCCUGGCAGAACAGCAUCCGCCACAACCUAUCGCUCAACGACUGCUUCGUCAAGAUUCCCCGCGAGCCGGGCAACCCGGGCAAGGGCAACUACUGGACGCUCGACCCGGAGUCGGCCGACAUGUUCGACAACGGCAGCUUCCUGCGGCGCCGCAAGCGCUUCAAGCGGCAGCCGCUGCCGCCGCCGCAUCCACACACGCACCCUCACCCUGAGCUGCUGUUGCGCGGCGGGGCUGCGGCGGCGGGGGACCCCGGCGCCUUCCUGCCAGGCUUCGCGGCUUACGGCGCCUACGGCUACGGCUACGGGCUAGCGCUCCCGGCCUACGGCGCGCCCCCGCCGGGCCCGGCCCCGCACCCGCAUCCGCACCCGCACGCCUUCGCUUUCGCCGCCGCAGCACCUUGUCAGCUGUCGGCACCCCCAGGCCGUGCCGCGGGGCCUCCACCCGGACCUCCGACGGCUUCGGUGUUCGCAGGCGCGACCUCGGCUCCGGCCCCUGCGCCUGCCCCGGGCACAGGGUCGGGCCCGGGCCCUUCAGGCCUGCCAGCCUUCCUAGGCGCGGAGCUUGGCUGCGCCAAAGCUUUCUACCCCGCGUCCCUGAGCCCUCCGGCAGCAGGCACCGCACUCCUGCGCCAGGGCCUCAAGACGGACGCGAGCGGCGGUGCGGGCGGCGGGGGCGCCGGGGCCGGGCAGAGGCCUUCUUUCUCUAUAGACCACAUCAUGGGCCACGGUGGCGGCGGGGCGGCACCCCCGGGCGGAGCGGAGGGCUCCCCGGGAUCGCCGUUCUCGGCGGCGGCGGGCCCAGGGGGUCAAGCCCAGGUCUUGGCCAUGCUGACUGCCCCGGCCCUGGCUCCAGUGGCCGGCCACAUCCGCCUGUCGCACCACGGGGACGCGCUCCUGUCCUCAGGGCCCCCGUUUGCCGGUAAAGUCGCAGGCCUCAGUGGCUGCCACUUCUGA